AUGCAUGAUCACCAUGGCCAGGUGGGAGGUGGUUAUAUCUCAGUUAAACUCAGGAACAAUGGUAACUUUGAAGAAGGAACUCCAACACGUUUCCCCUGCAAGAAAACGUUUACAGGAACUGAGUUGCUGUCGAUGAGAAAACAAAGUUCAGACACUAAGGUUGAAGUGAAAUGUUUCUAUACUGUAAAAUCUGAAGCUUUAAAUUCUCCAUCUCCCCACAGUGAUCCAUCCUAUAUCAAUAUAGGUCUUAAGCCAGAACUGAAUGUAAACUAUCUUAAGGGCCAGUUUGCUGCCUUCACCUGCUCUUUGCCUGGAUCUGUGAAACAUGAUACAACAUGUAAUCUGUACUUUGGAGAAUCAAGUCGUCCAGCAGCAACAACAACAACAUCAAAGACAAAGAGCUCAAGCACUAAUCAAUGGUUCUGCUUUACUGAGAUUCAAGAAAAUGAAUUAUUGAAUCAUUUACGUUCAACUAAGAGGAAUGAGGUCAGCUGUGAUUAUAGAUUGGAAAGAGAUGGGAAAUCUUUGUCACCUCGCAGUGAUCCAUACAGAUUUACAGGUAUUGCAGAAGUAGAUUUAACUGAGAUCAUCACAAUACCAACAAGCUUUACGAAGACCACAGGCUCAUCGAACGUUGUCUGGCCCAUCCAGGAAUCAUUCACCCAAACAACCAUGACAGUCUUCAUCACAGCAGCAGGUAGAAACUGGACAUUUGCCCCACCCUCCACAGCUGAAAUGCUUUUAUGGAGCUUUGGAUUCGGUCUGGCUGUGGGUGGCAUCUUGUGUGGAGCAACAUUUCUCUUCAGUCUCUGCAAAACAGGGAAACAGAAAUCCAGGAGUUUCCUUGCAGAAGCUGAGAUGAUUACGGCUGAUGAAACCUUCACCACUGUUAUCUAUUGUGAUCACAAAACUGAUACUUGGGGUGAUGAUACAGCAGCUGUGAGACACCAUGAAUGCAACUCUUCAAAAACAACUGUUCUUUUUUAA